CGUGUUGAUACGGAAGUGAGGAGCACAUGUGGAGAAUUGAUCAUGGAUAUUCUAGGAGGCGAAAACUUAGGGAACAAUGACAGAAUCAAAAAGAAAAACAAAGGUGGCAAUGCAGUGACAGCAAAUAGAUAUUUUGCUGUUCCAUCGGAAGGGGUUGGAGAGUCUGAUGUUAGUUCCAGUCAAGUAUCCCAACAAAAACAGCAAAAUGAAAAAAUCACAGAUAAGAAGAAAGGGAAACAUAAAGGAAUGAAGGCAAAUCCAAACAUAGCAGAUCCAGAAGGGGAAGUACAAGUUUUUGACUUGGGUUCAAGUAGAAAGCUAUUUCUAGAAAAACAACGAGAACAGCGACAUGGAAAGUCAUACCAACGCAAAAAAGGAGGAGAAUACAAAGACUUCAGAAAAAAGGAGGACCCUUUCCCUGGUGAAGCUCCAUUACCUGAAGACAGAUUGAAAAAAUAUCAGAGAAGAAACCAAACUACCACAAAGUGGGCCAGGUCAAAGUGGGCCAGGGGUGAGUUCCAUAAGAGGGAGAAGAAGCUGGAAGCAGCUGUAAAACAGGCAGCCAGAUCAGAAUACCUGUUAACAGAAGAGGCAGGCUACCUUGAAGGAGAUGAUGGCACACAUACAACUGAAAUAUCACAGAGGGACAUUGUAGAGGCAGUGGACAUCAUGAGUGCUCAGAAGCAUUUUGAAUUGAGACUGAAUGAAUUUGGACCGUAUCGCUCUCAGUACACAAGGAACGGACGGUUUUUGUUGAUGGGUGGAGCUAAAGGCCACAUAGCAGCCAUUGAUUGGCUGACGAAGAAAUUAUUGUGUGAAAUCAAUGUCAUGGAAACAAUUCAUGAUAUCCAGUGGCUUCAUCAGGAGACAAUGUAUGCUGUAGCUCAGAAACAAUGGACAUACAUCUACGACAACCAGGGCAUAGAGCUUCACUGUCUGAAGAUGUUGGACAGUGCCUUACGACUAGAGUUCCUUCCCUUCCACUUCCUACUAGCCAGUUCAAGUUCAAAGGGAUAUUUGUCCUGGAUUGAUGUGUCAAUAGGUGAAAAGGUUGCCGGUCAUACGACUGGUUUAGGCAGAUUGGAUGUGAUGUGUCAGAACCCAAGCAAUGCAACAUUGUGUUUAGGACAUGCUGGGGGAACUGUUACAAUGUGGUCUCCAAAUGUGAAGGAACCAUUGGUGAAGAUGCUUUGUCACAGGAAUGGUGUCCGGUCUGUAGCUGUCGACCCUCAGGGAAAAUACAUAGCAACAUCAGGCAUAGAUAGAAAGUUGAAGAUUUGGGAUAUCCGUACUUACAAGAUGCUGCAGUCCUACCAAAUUGGAAUUGGAGCUAGCUCUUUAGCUUUCAGUCAAAGGGACAUGCUUGCUGUCAGCAAGGGCAAUAUAGUUGAGGUAUACAAGGACUGCUGUAGACAGACAGUUACUUCCCCUUAUAUGUGUCAUCAGCUCCCGGGAUCAGUGUCAAAUGUCCAGUUCUGUCCAUUUGAGGAUGUACUUGGUGUAGGUCAUGAACGUGGCUUUGAAAGUCUGCUCAUUCCAGGUGCUGGUGAGCCAAACUUUGAUGGCCUGGAGGCCAACCCUUUCCAGAGUAAAAAACAGAGACGCCAGGCCGAGGUCAAGAUGUUGCUAGAUAAGAUCCCAGCAGAUAUGAUCAAUCUGAAUGACAAGAUUGGGGAGAUUGACAUCAAAACUUUCAAGCAGAGGAUUGAGGUGACGAGUAAGAUCAAGUCCUUGAAGCCAGAAUUGAUGGAUUACACUCCCAAGUACAAGAUGAAAGGAAAGAAUAAAGGAAGGAAGAGAGAACAGCGAAAGAAGGGUGUGGUUGAGGAACAACAGAGGGAGGCAAUCCGACAAGAAAUGAAAAAGAAAACGGAAAAAGCACGCAGUAAAAAGCAUACGCAACACAGAGAUUCAACAGCAGGGGAUGUGCUGAAAAGAUUUGAAAGAACACAGUCAUGAUAAUAUUAUACAGUUUAUAUUAAAUGUUUGUUGUAAAAGUUGA